AAUCAGUCUUUGGAAUUUAAAAAAAAAAAAAGCGUAUGUGAAAAUGGUGCACGUUAGAAGACCUGAAACAAGGUCAAAUUCUAAAACUCAAGCGCCUGAGCAGAAAUCUCGAGUGGAUUGGAGGCGGACCAAAAGAAGUCAUGUCUCCCAGUUGCUUGAUAGUGAUGCAGACCUUGACAGUGAGGAGACGCUUUCUAGUGAUGAAGAGCCUCCUGGUGGCGACAGUGCUGGCGGUGAGGAAGAGUGUGACUGGGACCCGGGACGUGGCCGGGAGAAAACGCCAGGAAGCGAAAGCGAGCUUAGCUUAGCCAGAGUUGAAGGCAGAGGCGACGACGAGCGACUCGGUAACGCCGGCGACAGUUCCACACAGGAAGAAGAAAUAGACAAAGCCGAUCGCAGCGCCUCUGACCUAGUGGGUCGCGAGAAGAGUCGGGCUCCCGGGCAUGAUGGCACCCCCAGGCACACUGGGCAGAUGAUGGAGGAAGACCUAGAGGAAGAGCGAGUCCGGCGAGGGAAACGGAAGAGGUCCUUCUCCAUCAUGUCCGACAGCGACGGGAGUGAGGACAGUGACGUCUUAGUCAGGAAGGCGGGCCGUAAGCGUCCGCCUCGAGUGCUCGAGGAGGAGUGCGCUUCCCAGGAAGAGGGGCCGAGUCACCCUGCACGCGCCCGGGCUGCUCGGAGGCGAGACCGGCUGCGGAAGCUCCGAGAGCUCUCCGGACGCAGAGCGGGCCGGGGCGGAUGGGGCCGGGGCGGCGGAGGAGGAGAAGGCGGAGAUGGAGGAGGCGGAGAUGCAGGAGGAGGAGAAGGAGAAGGAGGAGGAGGAGAAGGCGGAGAUGGAGGAGAAGGCGGAGAUGGAGGAAGCGGAGAUGCAGGAGGAGAAGGAGAAGGUGGAGGAGAAGGAGGCGGAGGUUUUGCGGACUUUGGAAAGGAACCCUACUCAAUUAAUGAUGAAGAUGAGGAGGAAGAGGACAGUUUUGAAUCUGAUGAAGAUGGAGAUGAUUAUAUCAUUGACGACUUUGUGGUACAAGAUAAGGAGUGUGAUGAAGAAAGUAAAACUCAACAAGAAGAAAGAUUGAGUACCUCACCACUGAAGUUAUUAAAGCAGAAUUCUCUUUAUUCCUUUGAUGACCCCUACACUCACUUUAAGAGAGUGGUAAAGGCAUUUCUAAUCAACGCUUUAGACAGCUCUUUUCUGGGAACAUUGUAUGAUGGCACCAGGCACAAGUCAUAUGCGCAAGACAUGUUGGCCUCUCUUCAUUAUUUGGAUGACCGCUGUGUCCAGCCGCGACUGGACGGUUUGUUUUCUAGGAGUCGCUGGAAGGAACAGUAUAAGGAGCGGGUAGAAAACUAUUCUAAUGUAAGUAUCCAUUCGAAGUGUGCUGAAAACUGCUACUGCCAGGCUUGUGGACUGCAUCGCUACUGCACAUUUUCAGUGCACUUGUCAGGAAAGUCAUACAACACCAGAACUUUGGAAAUGGAUGAGUUCAUGUCACAUGAUGAACAGGUGUUUACUGUUGGCAGAAUCUGUGCUAACCGAACCAAAAUUUACCAUAAGCUGAAACAUUUUAAAUUCGAACUGUACAAGAAGUGUUGCUCCAUUGUAAGGACAGAGGCAGCUGAGGGUGAAGAAGUUAAAGAAACAGUGGAACGCAUUUUCAACCGGUCGGAGUCAAGUGGCUGGAUUACAGUGAAAUACAGACAACUUCACGAUCACCUUGACUGUGCAGACUGCUUUCAAGAAGAGAAGCUUGACCUGUAA